UAAUGCAGUUAUAAAUUGACGUUAAUUUGCUAACGAGCUUUUUAGCAUAGUGCGACGAGUAAUUUUUCUUCUAAUAACAAAUCUUAUUAAGUAUUUUCGGUAUUUUUUAAAUCUAUCAUUUGGAAACUAAUUUCUAAAUAUGCCAAACCCGAAUCCAUUAGAAGCAGCUGCGAUCGGAGCUGGUGCUGGCCUCCUAUAUUGGUGGUUUAGGAGCGGCUCCAACGAGCAAAGAGUUACUCCAAAGUUACUGCUACAACAACAAACAGUUGUAAUAAACAACUAUAAGCAAUGUGAGGACGCCGUGAAGAUUUUACGAAAGCACUGCGAAGAAAAUCCAGUAUUAGGCUUUGACUGCGAGUGGAUGUGGGGAUCGAAGGGAGUAGAUCUUUUGCAGUUGUGCACUCACAAGGGCUAUUGUGCAUUAAUUCGUUUGUGUGCAAUGGACACUUUGCCACGAUCACUUCGCGACUUACUGAUCGAUUUUCAUGUUGUUAAAGUUGGCGUCGCUCCACUUAACGACGCUGGCCGGCUUUCAAGGGAAUUUAACCUAACGACUGUUUCUACAUUAGAUUUGCGUUUUGUUGCCGUUCUUACUGGUGAAAAACCUGGUACUUUGGCUGCUAUGUAUGAGAGGGUGGUAGGCGGUACUCUAAAGUGUUUGGAUUUGUCUGCAAAUUGGCAAGCGAAUAAUCUGACACAAGAACAAAUUGACUAUGCUGCUGGUGAUGCCAAAGCUGGUAUGGAAAUUUAUACAACUCUAGUUCAAAAAGUGUCGGAUGCAAGCGUUUUCGAACAGUAUUACGAUCAGAGAUAUGAUCCGCAUCAUCACGAUACAUUAAAACCAAUUGCAACAAACAAAUGUUCACCGCAGUGAAGUUAAUAUACAUAUGUACGUAUGUUUAAUAUAGUGAUCGGUCUUUGUAUGUAUAUAUAUACGCGUAUCUAUGGCAAAAGCUUAAAUAUCUAAUAUAUCAAGGCGAAUUUAUAGAAGGUGGUAUAGAAUACAUUUACAUGUACGUAUUUUGUUUUUGCAAUUUGGUUGCUCAUAUGUAUAUAUGUAUGUCAAAAUUCAAUGAGAAUGUAAAAAACAAACAAAACGACAAUAAAGUAACAGUGCAUUUUAAGGUAUGAAAUUUCAAA